AUGAGUCUCUUGGUUGCGAAUGUCAGAGACCGUCGAGAUGCGUAUUUGGAACCUGAACAGGACCACAUUUACUACGAAUUGAUGGAACAAUUGCAUCAGGAGAAGGACGAUAAUGGCGAGCCCACUUAUCCCUGGAGAUUUGAGUACGUUCCCGACUUUUUCAGUCAAUCGAGUAGCGUAACAGAUGAUAUGAAGUUUAACCAUACUUCUGAAAAUUUUGGUGCUAUGAAGCCCUGGAAACAAAUAAUAGAAGAAAUUAAUGAUCUUAAUACCAAUACCGAUAAUGAGUUAUAUCAAGUAUUGUUUCUAGCCCGUCAUGGUCAAGGGUAUCAUAAUGUUGCUUCAACUAAAUAUCCUCGUCAAGAUUGGCUUACUAAAUGGAGGUUUCUAGGGACAGACGGAGAAAUAGUUUGGGGACCCGAUCCAGAGCUUACACCACUAGGUGUGGAUCAAGCAAAGGAAAACAACACUGCUUGGAAACGUCAGUUAGAGUUAGGUGCACCAUUACCCUCUAAAUUUUAUGUUUCUCCCUUGAGAAGGUCGGCUCACACCCUAGUAUAUACUUGGAAUGACAUCGAUAUUCCAACGCCAACUGUUUUGGAGAACUUAAGAGAAGUUAUGGGCCUUCAUAUUGCUCACAAAAGAUCCUCAAAGACUGAGAUUCGCGGCCUUUUCCCUGAAUUCGCGUUUGAAGAAGGCUUUACUGAAAACGAUGAGCUUCAUGAUACAUUUGUAGAUAGAAGAGAAGAAUUGAGUGAACAAUUUGUACGAACGAACAAGGUUCUUCAAAGAAUAUUUGAGCAAGAUUGGAAGGAUAGUUCAAGUCAUCCAAACAAAUAUUUCAAGUCUGUCACUUCACAUGCUGGGACAAUUAGAGCUUUUAUUACUGUUACUAAUCAUAGAAAAUUCACUAUUCCAACAUGUGGAAUGAUACCCAUAGUUAUCAAAGGUACCAGGGUUGCCUAA